AUGACUGAUCGUCGCAAUCGCAUCCAUCAGGAUCUCAUGGAAAUGCUGCAAAUGCUCAAAUUUUCUCUUAAAUCUGGAAAAUCCCUCGACUUUUCAAAGGGAACAUCUCAUGCAGAUGUUAUCUUGUUCCUUGAGGCAUCCGAAGAGGAUGAGAAUGGUGUUCCAGAGGAUAUCAACACUUAUAUUCGCUCGCUUCUCUCGACUGUCCCUGUAGAGUAG